AUAUCAACGAUUAAUGCAAUUAAUCAAUCUCGGACAGAAUAAUGUUUACUUGCUACCUGGCCGUGAAAUUCCAAUAAAAAUCAUUUUAACCGUUAAUAAAUUCGAUUUGUUCCCCUAAAAAUGGCAAAUUUGCUUGAUGUAACCACUGAUUCAAUCCCAGAUUCAGGAUCUGACGUGGUCCAGUUAAAAGAUGUUGUGGAAUUCAUGACGGAUCCGUAUUUUAUUGCAAAUUGGAAAUUGUUUUACAAUUCGUUGGAGUCGCCGCAUCCGAAUUUUCUACAAUUGGAAAAAUGGUUUGCUGCUGGGUUUAAAACAUUUCAUGAAAUACUCAUGGAGAUUUUGGGUCAUUGGGUAAUCGCAAAUUGGGGUGACGCAUCAAUAGCCAAGCUACUUGAGAUUUUGAGAAAGGAUCAUUUUUGGAAAGUUGUAGAAAUUUUGGAACAACAAUUUAGUCCAACUGCAACAAUUAUCGUGACAAAGAGCAAGUUAAGUUUCCAGAUUUCAUUGCAAAAUGACGACUCUGAUUAAUGUGUAAAAAUGUGUACCAAAUUUUUUUUUACUCUGGAUUUCUAAAGCUGUGCAUGUGCUUAUCUACUACAAAAUUUAUGUACAAGUUUAAACUAUUUUGUGGUAAAUGCUGCAAUUUUUGCACGGUGAUGAUUUGUUAACAAUUUUGAUACCACUUCCUGAUUCGCCAAAAUUAUGCACGUUAAAAUAUUAAUCAGCCCCGAUUUCAUGAUAUUUCGUGACCAUAAAUCCUUAAUUAAAUUCCAAUAAAACCAACCACUUUUCCCAUC